GCCACGGGCCUGUUACGAAAGAAAAUGAUACAAAAACUGUUCAAACUUGUCACCCACCAGAAAGCCUUUAGCUCGGAGGACCUGGUGCUGAAUCCCAAGGAACAUCCGGAUCUAAAGCUAAAUGAUAUCGUCGAAAUAUACCUACCGGAGGAUGACGGGUGCCGAUUACUCCUGCAGGUGACCUGCCUGAACAAAGACUUCAACUCGCGCGAAACUAUCAGCGUGGAGGUGAAUGUAGCCACCACGUUCAAUUUGAAGGCUUACAACGAUGUCUACAUGCGUGUGAUAGACCCGACCGAUGUGGUGCUCGAUUCGGUCGAGAUUACUUUCAAGGACCAGUACAUUGGCAGGUCCGAGAUGUGGCGCUUGAAGACACGGCUCACCAACACGUGCGUGUAUCUGAACAAGAAGAUCGAAUCGUGCGAUGGAUGUAUCCGGUGCCAGGUGUACGAGAUGUGGUCUCAGGGCGAACGUGUGGCCUGUGGCGUUAUCAACGAGGACACCAAGGUGGUUUUCCGCAGCAACACCUCGAUGGUGUACCUCUUCCUGCAGAUGUCGUCCGAAAUGUGGGACUUUGACAUUUACGGCGAUCUGUACUUCGAGAAGGCGGUAAACGGAUUUCUGGCCGAUCUGUACAAAAAGUGGCAGAAGCUUGGCAGUAACCACGAAGUUACGAUAGUGCUUUUCUCGCGCACAUUCUACACAGCGAAAAGUUUGGACGAAUUCCCGCCCCAUAUGCGCGACUGUUUGCAGAUCGACUACAGGGGACGGUUCUACGAGGAUUUCUAUCGUGUGGCCAUUCAAAAUGAGCGUUGCGAUGAUUGGAGCACUACACUGGUUCAGUUACGACGAUUAUUUACCGGCUAUCGGGACGUGGUGCUUAAAUACCAUGCGAGAGGCGAUCUUCCACCGGGUACGCAAAUUCCACCGGCCACCAAUUCCACCGCCGCUCAGGGAAACUUCUUGGAAGUGCUGAACAUUUCGCUGAACGUGUUCGAGAAGCAUUACCUUGACCGGAGCUUUGAUCGUACCGGACAGCUCUCGGUGGUAAUCACACCGGGCGUUGGAGUGUUCGAGGUCGAUCGUGAGCUAACCAACAUCACCAAACAACGUAUCAUCGAUAACGGUGUCGGUAGCGAUCUGGUGUGUGUCGGCGAGCAGCCCUUGCAUGCGGUACCGUUGCUAAAGUUCCACAACAAAGAUACACUCACCUCCAUCGACGACUAUUCGAUGCCACACUGGAUUAAUCUUAGCUUUUAUUCGACGAACAAGAAGCUACCGUACUCUACGUUUAUUCCGCGCAUCAAACCGCCACCGGCGAUUGGUGGCAGCACGGAACCACAACAAACACGUCCCGCUGGACCGGGACGUUUGCGGCUGACGAAACAAACGACCGAUAAAAAGAACGAGUACAUCCACAACUGUCUGUUCGAUUACGAUGCGUACGACGAUCAGAUAUUUCAGCUACCGGCUGUUCACGGGACGAGUUCGUUGCAGCGCAUGGCACGGACAAAGAAAACGUCCGUGCCCAGUUUGGAUGGUUUUGGCACGUACGCGAGGGCCUGCGAAUGGGAACAGGACACACUGAGCCCAUCGCGAUUGCGACGUAAAAUGUCCGAUCCGGAUAUACAUCAUGCGUCCAACAGUCUGCUGAACGUGAGCAUCGCAUCACGCAGCAGCUCUCCCAACACGAGCGACAUUUUAGGCAUGCCGAAACCGACUGCCAUUACCUCACCAAUUAUUGAGGGUCGCACCGGUGCGUUUGGUUCAUCUAGUGGUCCGGUUGUACGUACUGGACGGGCGCUGAUUAAUCCGUUCGAUCCGUCGCACGUUACCAUCAAGCUCACCUCAAACCGACGUCGAUGGACACACAUUUUCCCGAAGGGACCACAAGGAGUGCUUAUUCAGCAGCAUCACUAUCAGGCUGUCCCGGCCGUCACCCAAUCGCCCAGCUAUUUUGUGGAUCUUGAUUCAAGCAGUGAAUAUGCGCACACAUCCACUUGCACGUGGGGUCGGGCACGGCACGGCAGUACCGCUUCGUUUGAUAGUCGGCUCAAUGAGGACGAUUUGAAGUGGAUCGCCGAAAAUGGAUGCAAUCGGAAAAAAUCCGUACUACACUCACCGGCCGGACCACAUGUACCGGUAACGCCUUCCAAAAGCCUUACCCUGUUGUGGGGUGCUACCGGCGAGCAGGAAUGGACACCGGCCCUAACCACAGUCGGCAGAGUGAUCAUAGGAGUGGACUGGAAAUCGCUUACAAUUCCUGCCUGUUUGCCGAUCACAACCGAUUACUUCCCGGACAAACGAUCGCUACAUAACGAUUACGUGGUGUCGGACUAUACGCUGUUGCCGGAAGACUUCAAUGCGGAUUAUGCGCAAAACCGUGCGGUUUACAAGAAACCAUUGUCAACGGAUGAAGUGUUUAAGGAGCUUGUUUCACAACGAUUGGCACAGGGCUUUCAGCUGAUCGUGCUUCCCGAUAAGAGUGCCACGAAUCCACCACAUGCGCCUUGUUGUGGUGGCCAUCUACAACCGAUAUCUUACUUUACAACGGCCAGUAGCGUUCUACGUCGUCAACCACCUCAGGAACCGACCAAAGAGUAUCUGCUUUCAAUCGGACGCAUAUUCCAUCGCAUCUCGCUCAGUGGUUCGGCCAUCACAGUGACACGCUACCGACCGCGCCAUCCCUAUCCACCGAUCAACGUUGACUAUCGGUACCGGUUUCAUGCACCCCAGCACGACACGUACGAAGUGAGCGGAGUUCAUUUCACCACGGAAAAGCUGGAAAACUUUAACUGGAACUAUAUGGACCAAUACAUCUGUACACGGGGCGACACCGACUAUCCAUUGCACGAGAAUAUGAAAUAUUGGCGCUACCGAAUGUAUCUACUGCCGAAAGAAGAUCCAGCAAUGAAGAAAAUUAUAGAUGGUACGGUGCGCCGGUGUGACAUCUACCAUGAGGACAGCCCGUUCCCACCGGAUCGGCAGAUUUGUUACGAAUUUGUGCGUUUUGUCGAGGCGUAUCUGAACAAAAUCAAAAAACUACAACCGGCCAAAAAGCCACGGGGAUACCCACCACAAUCGCACCUUACCAGACGACGCCACAGUACCAGCAUCCUGUCGAGACCACCACCGAAUCAGCAGCAUGGUGGAUGGGUAAAACUGUAUUAUAACAGCACUAGUAAUGGUCAUCCUCAUCAUCAUCUACUUCACCAUCAUCAUACUCCUGAUCGCUUUUCUUUCCCUAGCACCCUUGCCGGUAACAGUAUCCUCACACGAACCGGAUCGAAGGUGCUGGACAAGAGUGGUAGUGCCAUGCAGUCGCCAACACCUAUCGGAACCGGUGCUAUUGGAUCUGCUGCGUCGACCAUAUCCAACGGCAACAAUAGUCCGGCAACACCGGUUACGCCGGGGAUUGGAUCGCCAAUGAUAAGUUCGGUGGGCGGCAGAACGACGGUCGACGGUAUUCCACUGUCCACGUUGAAUACGGCCACCGAACAAGGACUGCCAGAGGAUGGAGAUGAUUUCGGUGGUGAAUGUGGCAAGCUAAAGUCCACGGCCACACUGCAGGAAAUAUUCGAUGCAAUGCGCCACCCGGUACACGGUGUGGGAUUUUUGGCCCCAGCACAAAGCAUGCCCUCGUGCACGUUCGUAUCGUACGAUGCGAUCAACUGGCUGCAGAAUCGUAUCGAAGGUCCGUGCAAACCCGUCGAGAUACUGGAAGAAAUGAGACGCAAUCGUCUCAUCUGUCAUGCUUCCGGGGACUUUAACAAACCGGUCGUUGCUGGCUUCUGUCUGUAUUACAUCGUGCGCCAAGAAAAGGAUUCACCGGAGUACGUCCCUCCGCUCGGUGAUUUAGCCGCCUUUGAAAACGAAUGGAUGGAGGUGGAAAUACGACAUCCGGAUCUUACCCGACCGGUCGAUCCGCAUGAUCGUGGCGUGCCGACGUUUCUGCGCGAAUCGAUAGACAGGCAGGACGAGGAGGAUGGACUGCUCUACAAGCAAACUCACCUCGAGAUCGAUAUCAGUUCGAAAUCCGAUCGAACGGAGUGGGGUCACGCACGAUACCACCAGCGAAUGAUACCCGGGCAUGCGUACGAGAUCGUUGUCCAGUGGAUUACGGCUUCUGGUCCGAUCGUGUACGAUCUCAUCUACGGCUGGUGCCGAAAGGCACAGCAGUGCGGGUUUCAGCUCGUGACCAUACCGGCGGAUCCGCUGGCGGAACCGUUCACCGAAAAGUCGGACCCAUUGCGCGGUCCCAUCUUCAUUCCACUCGAUAUCGACUGCCUAAAGCAACAUCGCAGCUUCCUAUUCCAGGAGUUCCCGAAGGAAACGUGGCCAACGAGACUGUUGCUGUUUCAAGAAGCGAUCGUACGCCGGUUCGGUUUCAUGCGCUGCACGGUGGAAACGAAAACCGGCUGCAAUCAGAUAUCGCUCGACUAUCAGUACGUACACUGUAGUGGUAAUAUGUUCCUGCUGGUGCCGAACCCCAACAUGGGAUUGCGAUCACGCCAACGGCUCGCAUCCGGUGGCAGUAACUUUAAAAAACCGAUCGCCUUCAUUAACCGGUACUCGGCGUCGUACGAAUCGCAGAUGGUGCCACCGAGCAAUCACGAACCGUCCUACAUCACGCGCCACGUCACCGGAGCGAAGGGGAACACGAAGGACGAAAGCGAAGUGAUACGCCGUACCGGAUUCCUCUGGUCCUGGAACCACAUGAUACCGAACAAGAAGUGGAAAUCGCUCGUCAUUGCACAAACGGACGAUCUGUUCCAGCUGAAGAUGUUGCGCGAUUUCAAGGAGUUCUGUUCGAACACCGACCAACGGCUGGUCACCUUCUGGGAGUCCUGCUGGGAGCUGAAAGAAAAGGCAUCACUCGAACGUAGCUGA